AGGAGCCCAUCCCCGCCCCGCCCGGGUCGCCGCAGCAUACUGAGGCGGAGCGUUCCGUCAAGGAAACGUGUCCCUGUGCCGCCAUGGCCGGGCCGGCCCGGCUGGAGCAGCUGGAGCGGCGCGUGUGGGAGCUGGAGCAGGAGCUGGCGCGGGAGCGGGGUGUGGGGCGGGCGGCGCGGGACCGCAUCGAGAGGAUGAGCCCCGAGGUGGUGGACACCAACCCCUAUAGUCGCUUGAUGGCGUUAAAAAGAAUGGGAAUUGUCAAAGACUAUGAGAAAAUCCGUACCUUUACAGUUGCAGUAGUAGGCGUAGGUGGGGUUGGCAGUGUGACUGCUGAGAUGUUGACAAGAUGUGGCAUUGGUAAGCUGCUCCUGUUCGAUUAUGACAAAGUGGAACUGGCAAACAUGAACAGACUCUUCUUCCAACCUCAUCAAGCUGGAUUAAGUAAAGUGCAAGCAGCAGAGCAUACUUUGAGGAAUAUUAAUCCUGAUGUUCAGUUUGAAGUACAUAACUACAACAUCACAACACUGGACAACUUUGAACACUUCAUGGAUAGAAUAAGUAACGGUGCACUAGAGGAAGGGAAGCCUGUCGAUCUUGUUCUAAGCUGUGUGGACAACUUUGAAGCUCGUAUGGCUAUUAACACGGCCUGCAAUGAACUUGGACAAAUCUGGAUGGAGUCUGGAGUGAGUGAAAAUGCAGUGUCAGGACAUAUACAGCUGAUCAUACCUGGUGAAUCCGCUUGUUUUGCGUGUGCUCCUCCACUUGUAGUUGCUUCAAAUAUUGAUGAGAAAACACUAAAGCGAGAAGGAGUUUGUGCAGCUAGUCUUCCUACAACUAUGGGUGUUGUGGCAGGAAUUCUUGUCCAAAAUGUUCUGAAGUACCUGUUAAAUUUUGGUACUGUGAGCUAUUAUCUUGGUUACAAUGCAAUGCAAGAUUUCUUUCCAACUAUGUCUAUGAAGCCAAAUCCACAAUGUAGUGACCAAAAUUGCAGAAAACAGCAAGAAAAUUAUAAGAAAAAAGAAGCUGCACGACCAAAACAAGAAGUAAUUGAACAGGAAGAAGAAAUAGUACAUGAAGACAAUGACUGGGGCAUUGAGUUAGUAUCUGAAACUUCAGAAGCUGAGCUAAAGGCUGCAUCUGGCCCAGUACCUGAGCUUCCUGAAGGAAUUACUGUAGCAUAUACUAUCCCAAACAAGGAAGAGAAUCUGAUAGCCGAGGAAACGGUAGCCGAGUCUGAAGAAAGCCUAGAAGAACUCAUGGCCAAAAUGAGAAACAUGUAGCAAAACAGACAUUACGUAUAGCUUCGUAUUUUGUAUUGACAUUGGAUUUUGAGAAGACCAGACUCUUUCAAUUUUCCUCCCCACCCCCCCCAGCUUAUCUUUACAUUUCCAAUUAAGUGGAACUGUUACAGGAGCAGGAAGGGAGCAGACUUACCUUGUUUAUAUUUUAUUGAGGUCUUUAGUAUAUGAAGUUGUACAACCGUCAGCUUUAAUUUCUGAGCACUGGUAAUGUCCAGAUAAUCAUCGGAAAGUAUAAGGAGAUGGAUAAACUACCAAAACGUGGAAUAGCACAUUAUAUGCAAUGUCAUGUGAUGAGAACAGAACAUAGUAUACGACAAGUGAAAGAGGAAAUCUGCUGGAGCAGAUUGAAUAGGUCAAAGGCAGAUGAUUGCGCCUCAUUCAUAUUGCUGCUCCUGAUAUUUCAUGUUCUUAUACUCAUCGUUGUAUACUGAUCUCUCUAAAUUCUUGGCUUGCUUUGUGCUGUGGUUACUUUUUCAUAGAAUCAUAGAAUUGUAUGGUUGGAAAAGACCUUUUUGAUCAUUGAGUCCCGCUGUACCUGUCCAUUACUAAAUCAUAUCCCUGAGCACCUCAUCUACCCAUCUACCCAUCUUAUAUACCUUCAGCGAUGGUGAAUCAACCACCUCCCUGAACAGCCUGUUCCAGUGCCUGAUAACCCUUUAGUGAAGAAUUUUUUCCCUGAUGUCUAAUCUGAACCUCCCCUGGUGCAACUUGAGGCCAUUUUUCUGAGUAAAGAGAGCAUUUCAGCCUUUUCAUCUGUCUUAAAUAUCUGUGGGAUAGAUUUUUUUUCCCUUGUUUUUAUCCAUGUUUUACUACUGCUUGUUCUUAAAUAGCUGCCUGUGUAUUUUGUAUGUGCUUUAAGUGUGCUGCAGCAAGGCCAAGUCUUUAGUUAGUAGAUAAUUACACUAGGAGAUUGGGUGUUAGCGUGUCUCUCUUCCAGCUGGCAGAUGCUUUUCAUGACAGUCUGUAAGAAUGACCAGCAACAUUGGAAAGAACAGGAGAUCUUUUCUAUCUUUUCAAAAAUUUAAAUAUUAUAUCUGUGUUGAUUAUUAAAAGUUCAGCUAUAAAUUCUGAUCCAUCCUCAUCACAUGGGCUGUAUUAAGGAAUAGACUUAAUCUGAAUUAGUGUAGGAAAGCUUCUAAAAUUAGAUGCUCUAAACUUUGUUUAGUGUUGCAAAUACCUUCAGGGGAGUGGUUGAGCUAUUUUAUUUGUCUUGUAAAUAAUGUUAGUACAGUAGUUACACCUUUUUAUUUAUCAGUUGUUAAAGUGACCUGCAAAUGUAUAUAUUCUGUAGUGUCAGUACCCUGCAGGGCUGAAAGUUAUCUCCAUUUCAAAUAUUUUUAACUGCUCUGGGUGUCUGAUCCAGAACUUGAUCAUUAUUUAGAUUUGGCUUAGAAGAAUGCAAAUUUCAACUUUUGUAGUGUAAGGCAAGUAUGUCCAACUUGGGCUCUGCAAAAAAACCCCUUUCCACAGCACUGUGCAGCCUACACAGAACCACUUAGUGAUGGUAAUAGCAGCAGCCAAACAACUUAAAAAAAAAGAGUAAUAUCUGGGAAGUGCUUCUAUUCUUUAAGGCAGCUGAAUGAAUACUUAGUUAAAAAAUGUUUGAUUUCUAAGCAGCAGUUACAAAUUUCAAAAUCUGUUUCUUCCACAGCUGAUUGUAGAUUAUAUUAUUUACAUAAAAAUCAUUUCUGAAGCAAGGGAGAGAGGGUUUGUGUGUAGUGCAUUACACUAUAAAAUGGAAGAAGGUUUUUUCGCUUUGAGUUCAGUUUUGGAGAAACCAGAUUUUAGAAAUAGAGACCAGGUUGGAUGAGGAUUUGAGCAACCUGAUCCAGUGGGAGGUGUCCAUGCCUGUGGCUGGGAGGUUGGAACUGAAUAAUCUUUAAGGACCCUUCCAACCCAAACCAUUCUGUGAUUCCAUGAAAUAGAACAAUGAAAUAAUUAAAGUAGUAUAUACUUGAAUCUGUAUCACUAAGUCGUCUUUAGUUUGAUCAGAGUGUCAAUUUAAGUGUUACAUUUCCUUGUGGCUUUACCUUUCUGUUGGGAACAAUAAAAGCAAGGCACACACUUGGUUCUGGAGAUCCUGAGGCAAACGGUUGAUUAAUUUCUAUAACAGGUCAGUUAAUCUUGACUCUAAACUAUUUGGCUGAUGCAGCUGCAUUGACAGCUUUACAAGAGGCAACUGUUUACCAUUUUACUUCAUGUCCAGUUUUAUGAGCAAAUUAAUGCACUUUUGUAUGCCCGCUUACAGAGCAUGAAAAAUGAUUCUCGUGUUACUUUCAGGCUUUCUGUACAAGAAGAAACAGAAAUAAUAGAAAAUACUCUGAGAAUAUUGUUUGUGCCAAUGGUUAAAAUUAUUUAAAAGUAAACAGCAUCAAACAAGCAGCUUUAAGGAUCUGUUUUUAAUUAAAAAGACAAAAGUAUAAUUACUCAGACUAUAAAAUCUAAUCGAAAAUUUAUGACUUCUUUUAUUAUGAACUAACAAAUUAAAGCAUAUUGCAAUGGUUUAGUCCAGCUUUGUUUAUUUGGCAAUCUUAUAAAAGAAGGUUUCAAGUUUUUACAAGUGUAUCAUGAAUGUUCGUGAGAUGUUGAUAUUCUGACUGUAUAAUUA